GUGUCAGUCGGAGAAUUUGUCAAACCAUUGUCAAACGAUCGAAACCGACCGAGCCAUCGGAUAAGUAAACAAAAAACUAACAAUCGUGAGAGACAAUUUAGAAGUUUCUAAGUAAAAACGGUUGUUACCCUUGUUAAUAACAUUCAAAAAUCCUGAUACCAGAAUGACUGCUGCUGAUAAUGAAUAUCCGAAGGCAUCCAAUGCCACUCUCAUUGGAGCCAGCAUAACAUACAUAGCCGGGCUUUUUCUCCUGCUAUCAUUCGCCGGUCCGUAUUGGAUAGAGUCAUAUCCAGAAAUGUUUUCGUCAUUCAAACGCAUGGGACUCUGGGAGUAUUGCUUCGAACGGUUUCGGUUCCCUUCAUAUCAGUUUGACAAGCUGUUCCAUGGUUGUCAUUAUGUUUUUAGUCAGGAAUUCUACGUGAUUAGAGAAUGGUUGUUGCCAGGCUGGUUGAUGUCAGUGCAGGCGUUUGUGACAUUGGGUCUUAUAUUAUCUCUGGCUGCCCAGGUGUUGUUGGCGUGUGUCAUAGUGCGUUGGCCACUGCGAACAGUCCUGAGAUAUGAGUGGAUUUUUGUUUCUGCUUCCUUCAUCAUGGUUGCAUUGGCUAGUGCUUUCCUCUUCUUGGCAGUUGCCAUCUUCGGCGGUAACUGUUACCGUCGCGACUGGUUGCUCUACCCGUCGUUCAAUGUCCUCUCUUGGUCUUAUGCCUUUGCUGUCAUUGCCUUCAUGUUAUUUGGUAUUGCCGCCGUGUUGCUUUACUUAGAGUCGCUCAAAUUGUAUGAGUUGCGUUUGGAAGCCAAGAACCUCGUAGCCCAGAUGCAACACAGCCAACCGGAGCACGCGCUGCAACAGUUGCGCGAUCAGUUGCAGCAACAGCGACAGUGGAACUAAUAAGUCUCAUUUUAAAUAUUCCUUAUCAUUUAAAGGGCCAUAAAAAAGCAAUUUUGCUUUUUGACAUUUGUUCACAUUACUCAUUUGUUUUUAUAUGCGCAAAUUUCAAACAACAACAUUGCUUUUUAGAUGAAUUGUUUUGAUGUGGUCUUUUUAAACCCCAUAAAUGAAAAAGCUUGUUCAAUGGUAUAUUUUUUUUAUGAAUAUUGCCUACCAUUUAAAAGAGUGUGUAAAAUGGAAGUGAUACGAUUUUUUUAGCAGAUUGUCGUGGCUGUCAUUUGCCUUGUGUGGUUAGAAAGGUCAAGAAAUAUGUCACGCAUUUCAGUAACUACUUAUUAAUUACACUGUCUAUACAUAUAAGUACACAUUCUUAUAAGUAUUAAAAUUUAGAUACCCGAUAAAAUCACCCACUCGCACGUUUUUAAGGAUAGUUAUCCUUUAAGGAUGUACCGUCAGGCCUUUUUAGGAUGCCAUUCGUGAUUCUUACGGCUGAUUUUAGAAUUCCAGACAAAAAAAUGGAUAAUCGUAAUGUGGAAGUGCCUAAUAUUAUGUAAGUAUUAUUUCCGGUAAAAACUGGUACAUCUUAUGACCAAUUCCAAUUAAAAUUUCAAGUCCAGCGCUAGAUUGUUACUGGAAUAAUGUGAACCGGCACUGAAAUCCAUGUGGCUCAUUCCAGUGUAUUCCACAUUAAUUACAAAGUAUAUGUAUUAUGAUUAAGAUUAGAAAAAUAUUUUUGAAAACAUCUAUCUUCAUAACUAACCACCGAAGUGCAAUUCAAAUAUAAAAGAAAAAUAUAUGAUAAAAUAUUCGUAAUUUUAAUUUCUAUACGAAUUACGAACACUUGAGUAAGGUAGUGUCCGUACUUCAUUACUAACCACCGAAGUGCAAUUCAAAUAUAAAAAAAUAUAUGGUAAAACAUUCGUAAUUUUAAUUUCGUUACGAAUUACAAACACUUGAGUAAAGUAAUUAAUGUUUGUACUUUGAACAAGUAAAUUAUAAAGACAUGUGUGGUAGAAUCUACAUCAAACUAAGAUUUGUAAUCUCUUUUAAUUUUAAGUUUUUUCCCGUCCAUAAGAUUGUAGUCUAUAUUAAUUUAGCUAGUAUUUCUUUUUUUUAUAAUUGUAUUUUACGGGAGAUCUGACCCAGCUAAUGUAAUGUUUUGUGGGUUUUAUACGACUGACAAAAAAUUGUCAAAAAUUCAAAAGAAUUUGAUUUCUAAAUAUAUAUACCUAACAUCGGAUUUUAUACGGUCAUGUUAUCAUGGUUGUCCAUCACAGUAGUGUUAUAGUUUUAGUAGUUAUUUUUAUACAAGUGACAUUUUAUUCCGCUUAAAAUGACUUAUUUUUAUUAGCAUGAACGUUUGUUCGACUUUUAAAUAUCCGACACUUGACUGAAUUCGUGUAUUGUAUUAGAGGAUUCAAAUUACAUUAGAGCUGUGCAUUUUGUAUUGUAUUUGUUCACUAAGGACCAAUUUAUUUUUCCUUUUAGGGUUAAUAUUAUAUUGUUGGCUAGAAUUGGUAGAAUCUUAUCGUUCUUUGAAUCUUGUCAGGUAAAAAAUAUAUCUACCAAUACAGUUACGGUCAUUAUACAAAGUCUAAUGAAAAUGGAAUUUAUGUAAGUAGUCUUAGUUUGUGUUAUCUUUUCUUUUAUGGAUUACAUGUUAAAAAAGAAAUCGUGUAACAAUUUCAAUAAAUAUAUGACUAUUCAUAUUAAUCGGGAUCUCGAGGGUUUAUAAUCAAAAUAAUUAUAUGGCUUUUAUAAUUUGUCUUCGGUUUUUAUAACUUGGGACCACGUAAAUGGUAUAAUAGGUUUAGCCACUGGGUCGGGCGGAGUAUAUAGUUUUUUAGAACAUUUCAGUUGAUAUUUAUCAAUUGCAAUAAACACUAAAACUGUGAUUAAUUUAACCCUUAAUCGCAUAAGUACCUAAGUACCUUUGUUGCGAGUGACCACACAGUACUUUCAAGAGUUUUACACUGCUUAACGAACUUAACGAAACUUUGUCCGUCCGUUUGUUAUACUUAAAUAACAUUAAGUUCAUUAAAUAAACUAUGUAUUAAUUGGUAUAGAUUAAUUUAUAUGUAGUAAUUGAUAUAAUGAAUAAUGAAAUAAAGGAGUUAUUUUUACAUAU